GGCCCGGUGCUGAUGCGAACAGCCGCCUCGGUCUCUGCCCCAGAGUAGUCGGCCCCCGGACCGGGGAGGCAGGGAAGGAACCGUAGCCUCCCCGCGGCCCGAGGAGCCGGCGCGUCGGCGCGUACCCCGCCCCUCCCCACCCCCGGCGGCCGCGGCGCCCUCGGGGACCACGAUGAUGGCGGAGCAGGUGAAAUGCGCCUCGGCGGGGGGCGGCUCCGGAGCGGGCUCCGGGCCGGUGGUGAACGCGGAGCUGGAGGUGAAGAAGCUGCAGGAGCUGGUGCGCAAGCUAGAGAAGCAGAACGAGCAGCUGCGGAGCCGGGCGGCCAGCGCGGCCGCCGCACCGCACCUGCUGCUGCUGCCGCCGCCGCCCCCUGCCGCGCCGCCCCCCGCUGGGGCCUGCAGCCCGUUGGCUCCGCGGAGCCCGCCGGCCGCCGCUGCCGCCGCCUCGGGGGGGCUGGGGCUGGCGUUGGGCGCUGGGGGCGGAGGCGGGGGCGGCAGCGGUGGCUCUGGCCCCGCGUUCCCGGGGACCUACUGCCUGCCCGGCCCGGCGCCUUCCCUGCUCUGCAGCCUGGCGCAGCCCCCCGAGGCGCCCUUCGUCUACUUCAAGCCGGCGGCGGGCUUCUUCGGCGGGGGCGGCUGCGGCCCGGAGCCGGGGGGCGCGGGGACACCUCCCGGGGCCGCCGCCGCGCCGCCCUCGCCGCCCCCCACGCUGCUGGACGAGGUGGAGCCGCUGGACCUGGAGAGCGUGGCCGCCUGGCGGGACGAGGACGACUGCACCUGGUUAUACGUUGGCUCUUCAAAGACAUUCCCGUCAUCAGAGAAAUCCCUGAGCCCUUUGCAGUGGUGUAGACAUGUCCUAGAUAAUCCGACUCCGGAGAUGGAAGCAGCAAGGCGUUCCCUGUGCUUUAGACUGGAGCAAGCUAGCCGAUGGCGGAGUCUCUUCCCUUCAAAUGUCUCACUGGCUUUUCCUUAUAGCCCUGUGGCAAGACUCAGCCCUUAUAGCAAUGGCAUUAAUACUCCCAGCUUCUCUAAAACCUCAAAUAAAGCAAUACUAACACCUGAAAGAACAGGUUACACAUCCAGGGGCUCCCCUCUCAGUCCCCAGUCAUCCAUAGACAGUGAGCUGAGUACUUCAGAGCUGGAGGAUGAUUCUAUCUCCAUGGGAUAUAAGUUACAGGACCUCACUGAUGUUCAGAUCAUGGCUCGUCUGCAAGAAGAAAGUCUCAGGCAAGAUUAUGCUUCUACUUCAGCAUCUGUGUCGAGACCUAGUUCCAGUGUGUCACUGAAUUCAGGAAAAAAAGGGACAUGCAGUGAUCAAGAAUACGAUCGAUUCAGCCUGGAGGACGAGGAGGAAUUUGAUCACCUGCCACCACCUCAGCCUCGUCUUCCAAGAUGCUCACCUUUCCAAAGAGGAAUCCCCCAUUCACAGACUUUCUCCAGCAUUCGGGAGUGUAGGAGGAGCCCCGGGUCCCAGUAUUUUCCUUCGAAUAAUUACCAGCAGCAACAGUAUUAUUCACCUCAAGCCCAAACUCCAGAUCAGCAACCAAAUAGGACCAACGGAGAUAAGCUCCGAAGAAGUAUGCCUAAUCUAGCUCGGAUGCCAAGUACAACCGCUGUUAGUAGCAAUGGUAGUUCUCCAGUCACCGUGCGGAAUAGUCAGAGUUUUGACUCAAGCUUGCAUGGAGCUGCAAAUGGAAUUUCAAGAAUACAGUCUUGUAUUCCGUCACCGGGGCAGCUUCAACACAGAAUCCACAGUGUGGGACAUUUCCCAGUGUCUGUCCGGCAGCCUCUUAAAGCCACAGCCUACGUGAGUCCAACCGUUCAAGGCAGCAGUAACAUGCCUUUAUCCAACGGCUUACAGUUAUACUCCAACACGGGGAUCCCUGCCCCCAACAAAGCUGCAGCUUCUGGGAUAGUGGGCCGCAGCGCACUCCCAAGACCUUCAUUGGCAAUAAACGGGAGUAACCUGCCUCGAAGCAAAAUUGCACAGCCUGUCAGAAGUUUCCUUCAGCCUCCAAAGCCUCUGUCUUCACUCAGCACUCUGAGGGAUGGAAACUGGAGAGAUGGUUGCUACUGAUGCAGUUCUAUGUACGUUUGAACAGCUGGAAAGAAGUGGAAAUGAGGGUCGUGUUACCUAGCUGGCUGGGUAACAGCGGGUGUCGGGAUAUUCUUUCCCUUCUGCGUUUUAACAUAUUUACUGCAUUGUUUUUCAAGGGACCAAUCACCAGAGACUAAUUAUUGCACUUAAAUAUUUGCCUGAGAUACUGCAGCGUUCACAAAUCCAUGGUUGCAGUAUCGUGACACUUAGAGCUAGGAAGUUUUUGUAGAACUGAUAUGUACCUGAAUCCUUUUUGAGAGAAUUGAGAUGUAUCCAUAAUGCUUUCUUUGCCAUCUGAGUUUCUUAAAGUAACUUGUUCAAUUUACUUACAUGUUCUAAACAUCUUCCCAUUACAUGUUCUGUAUUUUAAUACACUGCAUCUUUACAACCAGGUUCUAUAACGUAUGCUUUGAAAUUCACUUUUUUAUAGUUUACAGGAAUUUUAUUUUUUGUGCCUAUUUCUUUUUACACCUACGUGAACCACUGUGGAACAACUUAAAUUUUGUGCCAUAAAAAUAUUUUUGUGGUAAGGUACUAUUUUUUUAGCUCUAGGGAUAUAUCAGCAAAAAUCCAUCAUAACAAUUUGAGAGACAUAAAAUUAUGUUGAAUGAGCACAAUGUAAUCUGAAGCAUUGAACACUGAGACAGCCAGACAACAGAGUGAAAUGGUCUUGUUGUUUUCAUUGUUAAUUUAUUGUCAUACGUGGGUUUCAUAUUUAUAAUGGCAUCACAAGCUCAUUGCACUUAAUACCUGCAAUGUUUGCUACUGUACUACAAUUGAUUUUCAAUACUUUUA